UGCGCCUGACUCACUCCGCUCCGACUCUCCUCCCCCAAUCCCCACCCAAAACCCUCGCUUCCACUUCGCUCCGCCGUCCACGAGCGCACCAUGGCGCCGUCACUCCCGCCUCCGCCGCUGAUCGAAGACGUCACCGACGAGAUCCUCCUCCGCCUCCCGCCGGACGAGCCCGAGCACCUCUUCCGCGCCGCCCUCGUCUGCAAGACGUGGCUCCGCACCCUCUGCGACCCUGGCUUCCUCCGCCGCUACCGCACCUUCCACGGCACCCCUCCCCUCCUCGGCCUCCUCCACAGGCUCCAGGUCCUCGAAGGACCCCCCGCGCGUCGCUUCGCCUCUACCACAUCGGUGCCGGACUUCCCCCACCCGAGCUCCGGCGACCCCUGGGAGCGCGCCCUCGACUGCCGCCACGGCCGCGUCCUCAUCUAUAUGAGGACGGACGACAAUGCGGACUACCUCGUCUGGGAUCCCGUCACGGGCGAGCGCCACGGCGUGCCCUCGCCGGACAUCGAUUGGCUCAUCGAGUCUGCGGUGGUGCUCUGUGCCGCCGACGGCUGCGACCACCUCGACUGCCACGGCGGCCCCUUCCGCGUGGUCUUCGCGGCCACCCACGACUACAAAGAUACCAUAUUUGCGAGCGUCUACUCAUCAGAGACGGGUGUGUGGAGCGUGCCAGUGUGUCUUGACAAGAGCUGUGAAGUCUUUGCCCAGCAUAUGCGAGAGGGGCUUGCAGACAGACCAUACUACACGCCCUAUCUCCAGCCUAGGCGAGGCACCCUUGUUGGAGAUGCAGUCUACUUCACAGUUCGGUGGGGUAAUCCAAUCGUCAAGUAUGACUUGGGCAAGAAUUGCUUAUCCAUGAUUGACCCACCGGCAGAGGGCGUCUACUACGUUUCCCUCAUGGUGAUGGAGAACAGUUCACUGGGCUUUGCCUGCACUCGGGAUUCCAGCCUUCGUAUGUGGUCAAGGAAGGUGGAUACAGAAGAAGCUGCUGACUGGGUACAAUACAGGGUCAUUGAGCUGGAGAAAACAAUUCCUGUUGCCAAUCCUGAUGACAUACCAGUUGUGGUCGGCUUUGCGGAGGGUGUCGGUGUCAUCUUCAUUAGCACAUGUAUUGGCUUAUUUAUGAUCAAGCUCAAGUCAGGGUUGGUUAGGAAGGUUGGCGAGUCUGGGGUCUACUUUAGCGUCCUACCCUACAUGAGCUUCUACACUCCAGAUCGUGGCAGAUUGUUGUCGCUGGCAAGGACUAACUGAUAGCCGAUGUGCCGCGCAGCAGUGGUGCAAGGCAUAAUGGACAAAUCCAUCGUCUGGAGUGUGCUGCUGUUGCCUUGUUUUUGGAGCUACUACUAUCAAGUUGGUCUGUUUUCUUUAGCAGUUUAAGCAUGAUGAUUGCAAGUUGGUUGUUCUUGUUCAAUUCAUCAUGAUCAUGCGGCCGGUCAGGCCAGAGACUUGUGUUUCAGUUUAGUAUGUUGCCUUCUUAUCUGUUGAGCAGUUUUAAGUAGGAGCGGUGCAAGUCAUCAUGUUCAAUUGUGUCUGAGCUGCGAAUUGUCCUGCUUACAUCGAUCACAAACUGUAUUUCUGUUGGA